AUGGCAGUGAAAAGGGGAAUCCUAUUGUUUUUAUUAUUCUUUACUGCCAUCUAUUGUCAACAAGACGCAGUAGAAGGUUUCUUUACUCAGAGUGGCCAUACCAAUAAUUGGGCAGUAUUAGUCUGCACUUCUCGAUUCUGGUUCAACUAUCGACAUGUUGCCAACACACUUUCUAUCUAUCGAACUGUUAAACGGCUAGGCAUUCCAGAUUCCAAUAUUAUUCUUAUGCUUGCAGACGAUGUUUCCUGUAAUCCACGUAAUCGAUACCCCGCUACAGUCUAUAAUAAUGCUGCUCGCCAUAUUGAUCUCUAUGGCAAUAAUGUAGAAGUUGACUAUAGAGGAUAUGAAGUAACAGUCGAAAACUUUAUAAGAAUGCUCACAGGACGUGUGGCACCUAAUACACCAAGAUCAAAGCGGCUAUUAUCGGACGAUCGUUCCAACAUUCUAGUUUACAUGACAGGGCACGGAGGUAAUGAGUUUCUCAAGUUUCAGGACGCUGAAGAAAUCAGUGCCUAUGACUUGGCGGAUGCAUUCAAGCAGAUGGCAGAGAAGAAGAGAUAUAAUGAGAUCCUGUUUAUGAUCGAUACUUGUCAAGCAAACACGAUGUAUAGCAAAAUAAACUCUACAAACAUUUUAGCCACAGGGAGCAGUGAAUUAGACGAAAGUUCUUAUUCGCAUCACACUGACCAUGAUAUUGGUGUUGCAGUGAUUGACGGCUUUACUUAUUAUAACUUAGAAGUAUUGGAAAAUAUAGACAUGACGAGUGAAAUGACGCUUCAGGAUCUAUUUAAUACAUAUGAUCCUAUUAAGAUUGCUUCUCAUCCUGGUAUUCGUUCAGAUUUGUUUAAACGACCUUUGAACAAAGUUAAAGUGACAGACUUCUUUGGUAAUGUGCAGAAUGUGGAAUUAACAAAGACAAAGUAUCCUCUGGAAGAAAAUAUAGACGAUGUAAAUACUUUGUAUAUUGUCAGUUAG